CUUAAGUCAUUUUUGAUAUAUAUUAUUGUAGCAAUCUACUGGAUUGUAGCUGAGAUAGUCUGACUGGUACCAUGUUUACCUCUGACCACCACCAGCAGAUCAGGUUGGUGAAACGUCUUGCCCAAGGACACAGCGAUGAAGGCAGAGAGAACGGGGGCUCAAACCGUCAAACCACCAAUUACAAGCCAAACUUCUUCUUCAUCGCCCCAUGAGUUUCUAGGUUGAAUUCUCUUUACCAUCUUUGUUCUCCCUUCUGUUAUUACUUCUACAUGUGUUACCUUAACUUUUUGUCAUCAUCCAGAACAAAUGAUAUUCUGACGUCCCUGGAGGUGUGGAUCAGAGAGUCCCUGUGUCGCUCACUCCUAGCAAACAGCUACAUAUAAUCAGAGGAGGUGAGUGACAGUAGACCUGUAUAUAUAGACCCACCGAUCUGUCCACUCAGAGUUAUUCACCAACCAACAUCAUGACUGCAAGACCUGCUGUGCUGGGGCUCCUGAUCAUCUGUGUUGCAGCAGUUGCUGAAGGACUGGCUCCAUUCCUAAGAACGCCUAAAUGUGCUGAUGCAGGGAUUUGGGGUUGCAAAACAAAGAUGCGCAUGGUGUGUGGCAGCAAUGGAGUCACUUAUGCCAAUGAGUGUCUCCUCUGCAAGGCUUUACCUAAAUCCAAGAAGUACAUCGUGAUCGCCAAAGAUGGACCCUGCUGACCAGUAUGGUUGAUAAAAUCAACACUAGAAGGCAGCCCAGAAAAGUCCACUGUUGUCUCAUUGUAAUAAAGUCUAAGUUUGAUCAA